GAAUAAUCCUAAUAUUAAGAAAGUGACAAUUAAGCACUAUGUGGGGAAUAUAUACGCACGUUAGUUAAAGAACAAUCUCUGUCAACUUAGGCAUAAUACCUUUUUCACUUCAACAUGUUGAGUUAAGCCACCAACCACUAAACAAUAUACAUGGUAUGGUAUUGUUCUAUCAGUGUAGAAGGAGCUGUUCAUAGAUCAUUUUCUGCAUAUUUAUCUCUCAAAAACCAUGUGAUUGAACCUUCUAACCUAUUGAAUUUAUAUAAUAUAAAAGCUUCUUUAUGAUACAGCUCCACACCUAAUCAUAGUUAUGGCUUUUAAAGAUAGUGCUAAAAGUGAGCUUCAAGAAAUUGCUAUAAAAAGUUCAAAGAAUUUUCCUCUAUUUGGGACUAGUCUAGCAUCUAUAGAAUCUUUGUCCAUGCCAAAGGUUCAUGAGGUUGUUCUUUCAGCAGAUAUGCAGUGUGAGAAGUGCCAAAAGAGGGUUAUUGACAUUAUUACUAAAAUGAAUGUAGAGACAGAGUCCAUGGAAGUGAAUGUGUUGGAAAAGAAAGUGACACUUACAUUCAUAUUACCAACUGUGGCUAAAGGAAUCACUAGGCAAAUUACCCCCAUCAGCAGGAAUCAUCUCCCUAAAGUUGCCAUUACCAAACGUUUAUUUCAAUCUUCCCUUCAUUAGCAAAGGAUCUGUAUGUUUAGAAAUGAUAUUUUGUUUAUUGAUUUGACAAUGUGCAUAAACAAUUUUUUUGGGCUCA